AUGAAUCUGGAGCCUCAGCACGAUGUGACCCACCGCCAGCGCGCCCAGCGGCCCAUCGCGCCCCUGCCCCCGGACGUGGUUGCCCAGGUAAAAUCUUCAACCGUGAUCACCAGCCUCGCCAUCGUCGUCCUGGGCCUUGUCGAGAACUCGCUUGAUUCCGGUGCCACCAGCAUCGAGAUCACCGUGGAUGCUCGGCGGGGCGGCUGCACCGUCGAGGACGACGGCCUUGGAAUCCUACCUUCAGAGUUCAGGGAGGGCGGCGGCCUCGGGCAACCAUACUGUACGUCCAAGCACGACAGCUCUGAUCCGGUCUAUGGCCGUUAUGGCACCUUCCUCGCGUCUGUGGCUGCGUUGUCCCUCCUGACAGUGACGUCGCAUCACUGCCUUCACCGGUCACACAACACCGUUACUCUUCACCGGUCUCAGAUCAUCUCGCGUCAGAUUCCUGCUCCUCGUCAGCAGGAACUUGGUUUCCCUGACCAUGGCACUCGCGUCAUGGUAAGGGACCUUUUCGGCAGCAUGCCGGUGCGUGUGAAGCAGCGGGCCACCAUGAUCGACGACCGGGGCGAGCAAGAGCGCCAGUGGGAAUCUCUCAAGAAGUCUAUCACGGCGUUGCUGCUGGCUUGGCACCAUCCAGUAUCUCUUCGUCUUCGAGACGCCGAAAAUGGCAGAAACCUAGUUCUUAAUGCCAAUCGUAAGCAACCUAUUUCGCUCGCAGAGAAGCUUCCAGCCGACGAGAGAAAAAUAAACGGUGCACUUCGUCCGCUCAUCGCUAUGCUAUCGCAAGCAUCCUACAUCACGCCAGACGAGUGGAGCUCAUGGGUACCUGUGUCAGCCUCCACGCAUUCUGUAUCAAUCAAGGGCGCCAUUUCUGUGAAGCCUGCUCCAAGCAGAUGUGCACAGUUUCUUUCCGUUGGCAUUAAGCCGAUAUUCUCAGGCGAAGGAAAUAAUGAGCUUUUUGACGAGAUUAACCGUUUAUUCAAUCACUCCAGCUUUGGUAUUGUUGAAGACGAGCAUGAGCUCGACGAGAGAGAGAAAGAGCGCCGUUCACAUGAUAAGAGGUACAAGACAGAUGGACCGACAAAUCGACAGCUCCGAGGUGGGCGCAAAGGUAUCGACAGAUGGCCUAAAUUCUGUUUGCAUAUUGGGCUCGCGGAUGCUAGCGGGAACGAAGACGACGUGCUCAGCUCAGAAUCUCGGCUUCAUCCCAUCCUAGAAGUGCUCCGAGCCGUGAUCACUCAAUGGCUUCAAGUCAAUCACUUCCGGCCUCGUCAGCGUCCGUCCAGAAAGGGGGCGAGCCGGCCAGAGUCCGUUUCAAGCCGUGCUUCGACUCCUACAUCGCAGGGACAUGAUGAGCUGCAGUCACAAUCUCGGCACGGCGGAUCCGCCAGCGAACUGGCAGAGACAAGACUGUCCAAGGGCCAAAAGCGGAAGAAGUCAAGCGAUACUUCCAGCGGAGCUACUACUUUACUCGAGCCGGACGAUGUAGACGUAUCAAGUGAUUGGAGCAAAAUUAAGAGCGCAAAGCCAUCAUUCUAUAAAAACAUUUGGGGCUCAAAGAGGUCACGUUCCUCGGCAUCUACCACCCAAACUACUCCAGCUACUGUUAUAGAGCCCGGAUCGGCCCGAGCCUCAACAGGCGGAACUGGAACUUCCUCCACGUUCUUUCAGGCAGACCCUAUCAUGCCGGGCGAUCUUGGGUCACUUCCCCCUUCCAUCGCAAGCACACCGCAAGAGAUGGACAUUCCUGAUAAUGAACAGACAUCAGAGACAAAUCAUAGCCAAUCCACAGGGUCAGGACUAGAUUCCUCGAUUAAAUGGACCGACCCUCACAGCAAAGAAACUUACACGAUCGACUCUCGUACAGGAACUGUCAUCAAUCAAGAAGAGCGCCGAACUAAAACAGCGCCAUCCGAACCUUCUAGAGCUCCGGCAAGUAUCUCAGCGGCAUUCAACAAGUCUCUGAGCUUGUCGCGAAGAGUUGCGAGCGCACCGGGUGAACCUGAUAGAAGGACAUGGCUAGGGGAUUUCCUGGCUGGGUGGGACAAUCCCGUGUUCCGCACACAAGCUCCAGCCAUACCUCAAGUCAGCCUGCCUGAGUUUAGCGAAGAAGUAAACGGCCUUCUUCACGGCCGUAGUAGACACUUUUCCCACGCAGACAUCAAUAAGGCAUUUUCCGAGGCUUCCGCACUUGGGGCGUACAAGCUUUCGAAGCAAGCACUGAGGAUGGCCAAAGUGGUGGCCCAGGUUGACAAGAAGUUUAUCCUGGUGGUCAUGCAAGCGACAAGUGCAUCGGCCAGGACAAUACACGAACGGGCGACGGCCCAGCCCAAGCAGUUGCUCGUCCUCAUCGACCAGCAUGCGGCAGACGAGCGUUGCCGGGUCGAGGAGCUGUUUGCUGAGUUGUGUUUACCCAACCCGUCUGCCGAGGCAAAGGAAUGCCGUUCUAGCCACGGUCACAUGUCACGCAUCAAGACGAGCGCCGUGGCAAACACGCUCUAUUUUGAGCUCUCGGCCCAAGAAGCGCGCCUGCUGGAAAUGUAUGCGAGUCACUUCUCCGAUUGGGGUGUCGUAUACGACCUCAACAGGUCAGGCACCAGGCACAUUCUCGUCGUAAAGGCCCUCCCGCCAGGAGUGGCCGAACGGUGCGAAGCUGAUCCCAAGCUGCUGCUCUCGCUCCUUCGCUCCGAGGCGUGGAAGCUAGCGGAGGAACGGACGCGAGCACCGCCCGGCGCCGCCGCCUCAGCAGCAACAGCCAAAGGGAGCACAAGCAAACCCGCAGGAACGGGCCACGGAUCGAUGGGCGCCACGGCGACGGCGGAGGAGCCGCAUUCCUCAUCGCCGUCUUGGCCCGCGCAGAUCGGCUCGUGCCCGCAGGGCAUUCUGGCGCUGCUCAACUCGCGGGCAUGCAGAAGCGCCGUCAUGUUCAACGACGAGCUGCCGCGGGCGGGGUGCGAGGAGCUGGUCGCGCGGCUCGCCGGGUGCGCGUUCCCGUUCCAGUGCGCGCACGGCAGGCCGAGCAUGGUGCCGCUGGUCGAGCUGGGGGCCAGCAGCGGCGGCGUCGUUGCGGCGGCGGCGUCGACGACGGCGGCGGCGACGGCGGCGGCGCAGCGUCACCUCGCACGCGGGAAAGACCAGACCGCCAUGGACCCUGGGGAUGAUGUGGCCGCCGGGGGCCUGGGGGUCUUUGCUGCUGGCCGCGGGCGAGGGUCUGCUGGUGCGGCAGACGGACAGCCGCCUGACGAGCAGAAAAGCGGGUUUGUGGAGGCAUUUAGACACUGGCGUCAGUGA